GCCGCGGCUGUGGGUUUGGUGGUUAGCUGUUAGUCUUUCUACACCCAAGGGGUGGAGCGUCAGCCGGUCUGCAGCUUGGUAGGGUUAUUGUAAUGCCAGGUUUCUCCCCAUCUGAGUCCAACAGACCGGCUCAGACAGAGAGACAACAGGCCUGCUCUGUUCUGCUGGACUGUCCUGUCAUCACUUUCUCUGAUCUGUCUGGGAUGAGAGAGGGAGAGAGCGGAGUUAGUAAGGGCUUCAGCUAGCUCAGGCCAGGGUAUAGGUUAGGACAGGGUCAAGUUGCACUCUACUGCUCUCAGAAUGGAGCCAACAGGAAAUGUGUGUUUGCUGAACGUCAGCCGCAGUAAAUAGAGGUCAAACCCCAGAGUUCUCCUUUCUCACUGUUUGCUUGGUGAUGUCAACAAAAGAAUGAAACAGAUCUCAAACCGGCCACAGACAUGUGGUGGCAUGCACGCUGAUGUGCAUUGAUGCAGUUUAUCCACACUAUCUACCACAUGGAAGGUCUUUAGAUGGACGUCUUCAGGUGUCCCAUCGUAAAGGUCUUCCCCACGUGAUCUACUGUCGUCUCUGGCGUUGGCCGGACCUCCAGUCUCACCACGAGCUGAGGGCUGUGGAGCUGUGUGAGUUUGCCUUCCACUCCAAGAAGGACGAGGUGUGUGUCAACCCAUACCACUACCAGCGUGUCGAGACACCAAUCCUCCCUCCUGUCUUGGUUCCCAGACACACAGACUUCCCAACAGAGUUCCCUCCGCUCGAUGAUUACAGUAACUCCAUCCCAGAGAACACCAACUUCCCUGCUGGCAUCGAACCACAGAGCAACUACAUACCAGAAACACCUCCUCCAGGAUAUCUGAGCGAGGAUGGAGAGACUAGCGACCACCAUCUCAACAACAGCAUGGACACAGGUUCACCUAGCAGUCUGUCACCAGAUCCCGCCUCUCCAGCACACAGCACUAACCUAGAUCUCCAGCCGGUGACCUACAGCGAAUCGGCGUUCUGGUGCUCCAUCUCCUACUAUGAGCUGAACCAGCGGGUGGGCGAGACCUUCCACGCCUCCCAGCCGUCUCUCACCGUGGACGGAUUCACCGACCCCUCCAACUCAGAGCGUUUCUGUCUGGGACUCCUCUCCAAUGUCAACCGCAACGCAGCCGUGGAGCUCACGCGCAGGCACAUAGGGCGUGGAGUGCGUCUGUACUACAUUGGAGGAGAGGUGUUUGCAGAGUGUCUCAGUGACAGCGCCAUCUUUGUCCAGAGUCCCAACUGUAACCAGAGAUAUGGAUGGCAUCCAGCCACUGUCUGUAAGAUACCUCCAGGAUGUAACCUGAAGAUCUUCAAUAACCAGGAGUUUGCUGCCCUGCUGGCCCAGUCAGUGAACCAGGGCUUCGAGGCCGUCUACCAGCUUACCAGGAUGUGUACCAUCCGCAUGAGCUUUGUCAAGGGAUGGGGAGCAGAGUACAGACGCCAGACGGUCACCAGCACCCCCUGCUGGAUCGAGCUUCACCUCAAUGGCCCCCUCCAGUGGCUGGAUAAGGUACUGACACAGAUGGGCUCCCCCAGCCUGCGCUGUUCCAGUGUGUCCUAGGUACACUUAUUACAACACACACACACAACAGACACACAUUAUGUUCUUGUUGUAUGCCAGUGUCAGAGACGAUCAACUCCUUCAACAGACUUAUGAUUUCACCUCACACACUGUUCUGCACUUUCUUCUCAGCAGUAGUAUUUAGUGGAUAAUAACCUACUGAAUGGUCCUUUUGAACGUCUGAGAAUUCACUGGGCAUUAUGGUCCUCAACAGUCAUACCGUUUUAGCGCUGGGUAAUUAACUCGUAAUCACGCCUGCACAUUAACUGUAGUUAACUAGUUAAGCAUAAAUGAAAUGUUGUCUGUUUGUAUUGUCAGAAAAAGAGGAAACAUGAUUUUAGGCAUGGUUAAAACUGUUAUUUUGAGCUUUCUACAAAGUGUUUGAUUUGAUGUAUUUAUGAUUUCCGAUGUUUCCAUGUAUUUCUGUGUACCCCAUGUCAGUUCUAGUCGUUGUUUGAAAUGGUUGGGUACCAGAAUGAGGUGGACAGCUCUUUUUUUACGAGCUCUUACCAUAAAAGCGAAAGUGGCAUUUGGUUUUAUUCAGAGAAGCAAUAAUGCAGAACGUGUUCGUAUUAAUUGUAGCACGAUGCACUCCACUGCCAGGUGUAAAUCUGCAUUUGAUAUCUGUAUCGUUGCUGUCGGAUGAAAACCUCUCAUCUCCACAGCAGGAACUUCUCAGGAAAGAAAGCAAACCGCCAUACAGUUGGGAAAAUCCAGCAGCUGUUCUGAAUACGUUCUGAAUAACUUCUUGGCCCAAGGGUCAUGAAAGGUUCGGUAUAGAUUGAGGGCAGUUACUGGUUUCAUCCGACAUUGACUGUGUUCACUGGUACAUUGACCAGAGGCCUGGUCAGACAUUCACCUGGUAUCAUGUGUUGAAACAAAUUAUUAUUUUAGUGCCGUUAUAUACGUUUUCAUUUUUUUAAGAACCAUUGUGAAAAACUCUGUUGCUCAUUGGGAUGUUCUUUUUCACUAUUACAUUUGCAAAAUGUUGCUUUGCUGUCCUGAAUGCGGAGAAUACAGGAGGAUGUUUACUGGGGCCUCAACAGGCAAGUUGUAGUACUUACAUAUGCAUAGCUAGUGAUGCAAGAAAUAAAGAGUAACUAGAGUAUACUAGAAAUAAAUCUUAUAUGCCGUGUGUCAGGAUCAGGAGAAUUCCACAUUCCUGACACAUGAAUGCAGAGGUCUAUAGCCAUGGAAAUACAGCCUAACUACUAGAUUGGAUGUUCCCAUUAAAGUCACAGUUCCUUCUAGUAAUUGUCUAUUCAGUCUAUAUAGACUGAUCCCCGCCUAUCAGCUUGGGGAGCCUUUCUUACCCUGUCACUGUGAAGGGUGCAUGUUCAUCUAUUUUAAUACAAAUCAUAGACUAUUUUAAAGGAAGUGAUGUGACACCUGGCAGCUUUGAAGGGGGACUUUUAUUUUUGUUCAGAUUGUCAUCCAUCUUCCUGUCUAUGACAGGAAGUUCACAUUAGGACUACAUUUCUCCCUCCCGACCCAACACAGGUUUCACUUUGGGCCCCGUAGGCACAGAUCUAGUAUCAGGUUUCCCUCCCCUAAUCCAAUACGCAGCCAUUAGUGAGGAAAAAUCCUAAACUGACCCAAGAUCGGAUUUAGGGGUCUGCUUCACACUACUACACCAUUAAGCCUAGUCUGGGAUUUAUAAAUACCAAUAUUCCCUUGUGAAUCUUGGUCUGGGAAACUGCCACGUUUUAGAGUUAAGACCACAUUGAGAUGGUCCAAGUCUGUUUCUGAGUCAAGUUCUCUAUUUGGAACUGGUUUUACGAUGCUAGCGUGAAACAAUAUACAAGGCUGAGCCACAUAUGUGGAGUUGGGCCAACUUUUAGAUUCAGAAUACUGUUCUUAUUCUAGACAUUUUAGGCUUUAAAUACUCCCUAUGUAAUGUCAAUGGAGGCUAACACGCCUGUCAUAGGAUGUUAUAGUGUUGUGUAAAUGCAUUAUAAUGCAGAAAAAUGCAUUGGCCUUGCUCUAAACAGAUGGCUCAGUAUAAGGAGUCUAUAUUCUCUCUAUAGCAGGAGUUUGGGUAUAGAAGAUGUAUGGAAGGGGUUAAUAUGCAUUUGUCUUAAAAAUAUCAGUACUUAUUUUUCCUUUCUACUUUUUAAUCACUGCUCGUUUUCCUCCUUUUUGUCCUCUGAUCCUGUAAUUUGUAAAGAUAUUCCUCGUGUUGCUGGAUACAUAUUCUGUAUUAUUGUAUCAAUUUUUUGUGUUAUCCACCUUUCUAAUAAAAUGUCAUGA